AUGCAGAAGCAUGAGGGCCAGCAGACAGCGGAUGAGAUUCUUACGUCUCCCAUAGUCAUUGACUUGAAGCGAACCCAGUCAACCCCUGUUGAACUUGCCAGAAUCGUUUCACUCAAAUUAUCCACGACAUUCGGUAGUCCUACUGUCAUUCAUCGUUCGCAUCUCAAUCGACGCCCGAGCGUGCAGGCCCUCCACUUCCAGACGUCGGUAAGCAUGCCGUCCAAUGCCAAUCCCAACGAAAGUUCCGGUUCGUCGACACCUAGUAGUAAAGAGUCUCCGGUCGACAGUUUGUCUACAGACCGGACUUCAGUUUCUCGCGGAGGCUCAGGGCGAUCAAGGGAUACCAGUCGCGACCAGGCUAGGAACUUUAGACAUCAUGCAUCCCAUCCCAACUUAAAGGAAAGCCCUCUCAGUCCGGUCAGGGAAUCUCCAGUUGUAUCACCUUCCAUUCUGACGGCCGAGGCCGCGGCUAACGCAAAGAUAACCCUUGAAACUUACUUUCACUCGCUAUAUUCCGGAGUGGACACGCGAACCCAACGUCAGUUGGAACUCGAUCAGUACAUCGUGUCCCUCCCCUUGAGCCCCGAAGAGAGGAUAAAGGUUAAAAAGCAAUGGGUUUCUCAGGAGCGGGAGUAUCUUCGCCAGUGUCGGGUUUUAAAGAGCUGUUCGCCUUGCAAAGGUUCCCAAGACCAAACCCCGUCCCUUGCCGGGUUUGAGGUUAUCAAAGUUCUGGGAAGGGGAAGCUUUGGUGUUGUUCGCUUAGUUAGGGAAAAGGAAGCAGAUACCACAUCGAGUCUACCAUCCACCGAAGAGCCAAAGGGCCGUCAAAAGCAGGAUUCAGAGAAGGCCCAUUCUGGCCGGCAUAACCAACAAACCAAUCGUCGUCAACCAAUGACUAGGGUGAAAAAAGACGUCUUUGCUAUGAAAGUCAUUAGAAAGUCGGUGAUGAUUCAAAACAGCCAGGAGGGACACCUACGCGCAGAGAGAGAUUUCUUAGUGGCGUCUGCUAAAUCUCGCUGGAUUGUUCCUUUGAUUGCAAGCUUUCAAGACAAUAGUUAUCUGUACUUGGUGAUGGACUAUAUGGUUGGGGGUGAUUUUCUCGGCCUAUUGAUGCGCCACAACAUCCUAGCCGAAGACAUUGCCCGGUGGUAUGUGGCGGAGAUGAUUCUGUGCAUCGAAGAAGCACAUCGACUUCAUUGGAUCCAUCGCGAUGUGAAACCUGACAACUUUCUCAUUUCAGCCUCCGGUCAUCUGAAGAUCUCCGAUUUUGGUCUUGCCUUUGAUGGACACUGGGCUCAUGACCAGUGGUAUUUUACUUACCAACGACACUCUUUACUUAAAAGACUGGGAAUCCAAGUGGACGGGGAUGCGGAAGAUCAGAAGGCAUCGCAUGAAGUAUCAAAGAAACCUUCUGGUACGAAUCGUGAGGACGGGAGUUUUGAGGACGAUUGGAUACACCCUCCUACCAACGGCUUGCUAAGUUGGCGCGACAAGAACCAAAAGCGUCGGAUGGCGAGGAGCGUUGUUGGAACAAGUCAGUAUAUGGCACCAGAGGUCAUUCGAGGCCAACCCUACGACGGUCGAUGUGAUUGGUGGAGUACUGGAAUCAUUUUGUAUGAAUGUUUAUAUGGCUUCACCCCCUUUGCCUCCGAAGAUCGCCAUAGGACGAAGAUAAAAAUCCAUCAUCAUUUGCAAACGUUAUAUUUUCCCGUGCACCGACCGACGGACAAGCUCGUAUCGGCGGAGGCAAUAGACGUUAUAAAUUCGCUUCUUCAGGAGAAGGAAUUCCGGUUGUCUUCAAGCAAAUAUAAAACAAAUGAUGUCCUCACAUUCCGAGCAUCACAGUGUUUCUUCUAUAAGCCCGAUGGGUCCAACCAAAGCUACCAGGGUCAUUACGUUUAUCCCAACGAUGCAUCCGAUAUCAAGUCCCAUCCAUUUUUCCGUGGAAUUAACUGGGACGAGAUCCACCGCAUGUCUCCGCCAUUUGUCCCGAAGGUCAGGGGAUGGGAAGAUACACGGUACUUCGACGAUGGUGAAUAUCCCACGGAUCACGACGAUGAAUCCACUGACUCCGAAGCUGAACUGGGCAAGGAUGAAAAGGCCCAGCAUGAUGGAAAUGGCAAGUCUGGACAGUCUGCAAAGAAAGCUUUGAAUCCCGAUUCGCGUCCAACGGGCAAAGACGAAAAAGACCGCGAGGCAGCGAAUCCUCCUGCGAAGAAAAAGAAGAAGAACAAGGAAACAAAACGGCCUCGAGACAAAAUACUACGAGACAGGCGACUUCGCAAGACGGCACUUGAAAUGCGCAAGAAAGGAGCAUUUCUUGGAUACACGUACCGCCGCCCGAAAGGAGUGAUUAUGGCCCUUACCCCAGAGAGGGGCCGGCCCCUCAUCUCAAGGGGCCAGCUAUCAGAAUUAUAUGGGUAA